AUGAUCGUCAACGCUUUUGUCUCAAGUUGUACCCAGCUGGUGCGAAGACAUGUACCCGGGGUAUUGAUGCUUAUUGUCUCGAGCCCGCCAUCGGUCAUCCCACCGGCGCUGGCGGGAAACAGUAUCCCCUCCCCACACGCGUGUCGUGUUAUGGAUGUGGGUCUAGGCCUGGGCCCUCCCCGAGGGCCCUUGGGCUACGAACCUGACGACGGCCUUCCACAAGCAGAUCCACUGCCGGACGGAUGGGUCGAGCACCGACUGCAGGUCGACCGGAAGCGUUUGGAAGCGAUGAUCACGGGCAACCCCCUCCACGGCACCGGCCUAUACCUCCAGAAUGCCGACGAAUUUUUCCGGAAGGUACAAGAAAUGUCGGAGGCUGUCGUCUGCUGGCCGUCAAAGCUGAAGAUUGGCGCGAAGACCAAGAAAGACCCAUUCGUGAAGAUCCUCGGCCUUCCACACCAAGUCGAGGUAGCUGCUCAGUUGAUAGCCGCCAAACUACAGGUCAAGAGAGAUCGUGUAACGCUCAAAAUGGAAAUUGUCCACUCGGCCCAUUCGCAUAUUAUCGGAAAGGGCGGAAGGGGUAGUCAGACGGUGAUGAGACAUACCGGAUGUCACGUCCAUUUUCCGGAUGGCAACAAGUAUAGCGAAGACCUCACAAAAAGUGACCAGGUUUCGAUCGCGGGUCCCGCGGCGCAAGUCGAGCAAGCGCGACGGUUGCUUAGGGACCUCUGCCCCGUUAUCAUCCAACUCGAAGUCCCGUACCUGGCUGCCCAUCCCCCAAUGUUCCCCCCGGUCAGCCCGACCGUAAAUAUAAUGUGGAAAAAGGUAUUGCCUACUGACUUGUACGCUGCGAGGCUGCGCCGGGAA